AUGCCGCCUGUAUCCGCCAAAAGCAUCCCCUGGGUCGAACUGUACCGUCCGAAGAACCUCGAUCAAGUGUCACAUCAAGUGGAAGUAGUGGCUACCCUCAAAAAGGCUGUGGAGACAGGACAACUUCCACAUCUUCUUCUGCAUGGACCACCAGGGAGCGGAAAAACAUCUGUGGCUUUGGCAUUGUGCAAACAGCUCUAUCACCCCUCCCAACUCAAACGACGAGUGUUGGAACUGAAUGCCAGCGAUGAACGAGGAAUCUCAGUGGUACGCGACAAAAUCAAACAAUUUGCCAGUCUGACGGUGGGAGGCAGUAGCAAGUCGUCUGGCAGCAACAAGAUGAAGUCCAGCUUUUUGGUGAAAAAGGACAACCAAAAGGACGAAAAGAUGGACGAAGGAGAGGACACUAAACAUUAUCCCAAUCCACCCUUCAAAAUUAUUAUUCUUGAUGAAGCUGACGCUGUUACACCAGAUGCCCAGGCAGCAUUACGACGAAUUAUUGAAGCCUAUUCCAACAUCACACGAUUCAUUCUAAUUUGCAACUAUGUGUCUCGCAUUAUUGAACCUGUCGCAAGUCGAUGCGCCAAAUUCCGCUUUCAAAGUCUUCCCGUGGACAGCAUGAAAAAACGAUUGCAAGAUAUCGCAUCUCAUGAAGGAUUGACAGUCAAGGAUGAUAUCGUUGACGAGGUUUUGAAACUAUCCGGUGGAGACAUGCGAAAAGCCGUCACGACUCUUCAGUGCGUCCAUUCCUUGGGUGGCAGUAGUAGCUGCAAUGUAACUACGGAAACAAUCUACGAAAUGGUGGGUCUGUGUACUCCCGGUGUCUUUGACGCUCUUUGGGAAGACAUUUGGUCAGGUGAGAUCGGGCGGGUGCAAAAGACUGUGGACGACAUUUGUGCCGAUGGCUUUUCUGCCCAGUUUUUGCUCGAUGGUUUGACCGACAAAGUGGUAUCCAGCGACAAAAUCAACGAUAUGGCCAAGGCUACCAUAGCCAUCAAGAUUGCCGAGGCCGAAAAGAUGAUGAUUGAUGGUGCAGAUGAAGGCCUCCAAUUGAUGAAUGUCUGCAGCCACGCCUUGACUGCUGUUGCGACUUCAAAGAAAUAA